CGGAGCUGAAGUCCCUGGCGGCGGCGACAGCAGCCGCGGCACCGCCGCCGCGCUCCUCCAUCCUGGCAUACGCCCGACGGCGAGGGGAGCUGCCACCCAAGCAGCCCCCGCAGCCCCCCGCCGGCGUUGUCAAUGCUGCCGCCGGCACUGCUGCUGGCGCCGGCGCUGCCAGCCUGCCGCGGUCGAGCAGUGCGCCCUCCCGUCUAACAUUCAUAUCCUCCGCUGCCACUCCAACCGCAGCUAACACUGCGAUGCAUGGCAGCCAAGGGGGCAGCGGUGGUGGCAGCCAAGGAGGCGCUGGUGGCAGCGCUGCAGCUGUACCGCCCAGUCUUGGAGGAGGGCAGCUGGGGGGCAGCAGCAACAGCAAUGGAACUGGUGUACUGCCGAUGUCGGUUGCGGGAAGGAGAGGCAGCGGCGGCGGUGGCAGUGGUGGUGGUGGUGGAGCCGGCAACAGCGGCGGUAACGGUGGUGGCGGCAAGGCUGCUGUGAUUGCCGGGCUCCGUCGACUCAACCUGAGCUGCUCGGACCUUUUCCAACGGUUAUCCUCCGCCACGGGUCCCUGCGUGCGGCUGACGGCUGCAGCGCGGGAGCUGCUGGGGCGCAUGCAGCGACUCUACUUCCUGGCGGAGGGGCCGGGGGCGGAUCUGGGCAGGUUCCUGGCCACGGAUCGCGGCGUCAUCCGCUACCCGCCCUACACCCUCCGCCGCUCCGCCUCCGCCUUCGCCAGCCGCACGCAGCUGCUGGAAUACGAGGAGGCGCU